AUGAUGGUGGCAAGCAGUUUUGAUCUUUGGAAAAAAGAUGUCUUCUUUCCUGCAGCUGAGGAGGUGCAAGAAUCAGCUGAUAUAAUGGAAUCCACGUACAGGGCAUGGGUUCAACAGAAGAGAGAAAGGUUAGCACCAGACAAUUUGGAUGAACUUUGUAGGGAGCUGCAAACCGCUUUAGGUACUGCCAAAUGGCAGUUGGAAGAGUUCGAGAAAGCUGUCAGGUUGAGCUAUGGACAACGUGGUGAUGAUCAUACAACAGCUAGACAUAAACAAUUUAUUGCUGCCAUUGAAAACCAAAUUUCUCAUGUUGAAACAGCAUUAAGGGAAUCAUUUAGUGUGGAAGGAAAGCAACCCCUUCGAUGGGUACACCUGGAUGAAGAAGAAUGUGAUGAUUUUGCUGCAUUUCUGUCUGGGAAACCCCAAAGUUUGCUAUGUGCCAAAAAUGAAUAUGUAGAACUUGGACCUUCUGUGAAAAGCUCCGAGGAAAAUGACUUUAGAAGAAAAGACGUGGACCUUAAAUCUAAUGCUGCCUGCAGCAGAGACAUUUCUGAUGAAAUAAAGGGUGUUAAAGAUGUUAUUACUAUAUCUAAGGAUCCAAAUUUUGUCAUGGAAGUAAAGGGGAAAGAAAUCGCAGGAAUGAGGGAUGAUAUCAUUUAUGAUGCAGAUAGAACAACUAAUACAAGGAAGGCAUGCAGUUCACCAAAUUAUGGUGAUUUGAGGAUCAUAAUAGCUGAUGAAGUUGAACACAGAAAAAAACUAAUUCCAGGGUGCGAGGACACACCUAAAGAAAAAGGAUCCAAACUUGUCUUCUGGAAGCAAAGGUGUGCACAAUUGCAUCAGGCAACAGCAGCAGUUAAUUUGUUCAACCAGCUGUUUGGUCGGGUUGGUGCAUCUCAGAAGCAAUUACAAAGUCCACAGAAACAAUGGCAAACACCACUACGCUUACAUAAUCGUUGUUCUGUUCAAGCUACCCUUGGUUUAAUGCUCACUGUUUUCCUGCUUGGCAACAUGACAUAUUAA